UGGAAAGCUCUUCUUCACAAGCUGGAGAGCAAAGGAAGCCGUGAAGAAUGAAACUUGUGAAAAUGAAGAGCUGCUGACGUUGCCUUGAUCCUCACCUCAGGUAUCAUGCAGAAUAUUCUGGAGAUCUGGAUUUCUACUGCUUGUGCUGGAUUGCUGGUCAAGUGCAAAGCACUCCUGAUGUUAGUGCGGAUCCUCUAGAUAUUAUUGGAACAUGACUACAGAGAAAAAUGUGCUUUUCUAAGACCUCAGUUGUGGAUAUUUAAUCAGACUUUGAUUUCUGGAAAUGCUGCAACAUGGCUUCAUAUGGGAAUGAGGUAGAAAGAUGGUCUUAUAGGCAAGGUGGCAGAGUUGGAGAGCCAGAGGAGCCUGUGACUUCUCCUGAAAAUGAUAAUCAUCUUUUGCCAGCAAAGUCGACCGGCAGUGUAGACCAUCUCUUGUACCUCCCUGGAAGAGUAGACUCUGCUUACAGCUCUUUCUCAGGAGGAUCAAAUGUUCCAGAGUAUCCCACCCCAUCGUGCUAUGGUGAAAACUGCUGCUUACCUCCAGAGCAGGUUCCAUACAUGGACUUGGAGUAUGUAAAAGGUAUCUGUAAUCUCAAUGGAGCAAACUCUGACCUCAGAUGCCAACAUUCAUACAAGGGACCAGACCUGAGCAUCCAUAAUAACCCUCACAGCACCAGUCUUGCUGAAUGCUGUGGAAGCACUCCUACCCUAGGGGCUUUAAAUCAGGGACCACCACUUCUGGUGGCACUUCCACCUUCUCCUCCCACACGACUCGAUAGCUAUAAAGUCACUAGACACCUUGAAAACUCAAGAGGAGGACACGACUCAGGAAGUCACAGUGAAUGUAGUGUGCAGCAAGCUCCUUGCAUGCAGGACAAUCAGCUAUCAGGUAGUGAUGUACCGUGGAGGCAGCACAGGGAUGAAGUUACAGAAGAUACAAUGUCUGCUUGGGGAAAGACUCUGGAAACCAAGGGUAGGUCUUUUGAUUCUGCAAAUGAGGUAUCUAUACCAAAAAGUCCAGGGUUAAAGACAGAGGAAGAUGGAGGGUGGAGCCCCUGCCAUCAGCCUACGAGAAGAAGCAAUCCACAUGUUUUCAGCAGACCUUCUUCAUUCAUUUUCCAAGAAUAUUUAAAGACUGACUCUGUGGCUAACGUCCCUAAAUUAAUUUCUGCAUACAACUCAGUUCAUGCUUAUAAGAUUCCUGAAGAUGUGAAGUCUGCGUCCUAUCAGCCAGUGCAUACCAACCCUGAGGCUGUUAAUGAUACACAGGAAGACAAACAGUACCCCUGCAGGGUACGUAAGGCACCCUUCAGAGAGGCAGGUCUGCAAAGCGCGGUGCCAGAGUCACGCUGCCGGCAGGGCUCCUCGCCCUACACUCAGUGCCCGCUCCGUGACGAGCUGCUUUCAGAUGUGGAUCAAGAUGUGUUUGAGGACAGUGGGGAUGUAAAAUAUGUGGACAAUGCUCUUCUAACUAAAAAUGCUUCCAGGAAGCUCAACAGUUGCACAGAUGAGAAUCAAUGCUAUGACUCUGAAGGAAGAAUUGGGAGUGAUGUUAAGGAACCACUCCCAAAUCAGCAAGCCAGAGCACAGAGAUCAUCGCUGUUUUGCAGCUGUGAUACUGUAGAAGCAGAGCAUCCUCACUCUGAGGAGUCAGGUCAGGGAGAUAAGCAGUGCUAUGAUAAUACUAGCCAAAAGUCUUUUUUCAGACCAAAGGAAAAUUCUACACCUCAGAUUUUACAUGAAGUCGAGAAAGAGAAACAGGCUGAUAAUAGCAGUCCUGACCUUAGCAUGCACCUAGGACAAGAGGAGCCUGCUGUUCCUUCUCAGAAAUAUCAACCUAAAUUUCGAAAAGAGCUCUUAAGGCAGCUUCAGGAUGAUCUUGCUGCUGAGCGGAUAACCAGGCAGACGACUCCCAUGCUUUAUUAUCUUUCUGGAGGGAAAACUGCCAACAUCCUGCACCACAACCAGCUCACCCAAUGUCAGGAGGACUCCAGGAGCUCACCAAAGGAAUUUCCAGCAAGCAGCUACCCCACUGCAGCACGAUGUCUAGAGAUCCAAAGGGAAAGCAAUCAGCCUCAAAAGACCAACCACCACCAUCAGUACAAUGCUGAUGAUCCCCUGGUUGAGACUGAAGAUCUCGUUCUUGGGAGUCCUGCUUCGUCCAUGGAUGAGAUUUUGAAGAAUGACUACAGAGAGAAACUUAAAGUGGCUCAGAAAAAGGUUCUGAGAGAAACCUCCUUUAAAAGAAAAGACUUACAGAUGAGUUUGCCCGUUAGAUUGAGACAGAAACCCUCAAAAAGGCCAUCAAUUGAACACCUUAGGUCUUUCUCGUUAUCCAGUGCAAGUGAGGAUGACAAACCUCUUCCUUGUUCCCCUUCUCAUCUAGAAUCCUUGGAAAGUUUAAACAGAGAUGAAGAAAUUAAGAGGCCACAAAUGGGUCGAAUAGGGGGAAGGAAAAGGGUGACAAAGGAGCAAAAGAAACUCUGUUAUUCUGAACCUGAGAAACUCGAUCAGCUAGCAGAUAAGGAAGUGUCAUGGAGUCAAGUCAGGGAUGAAAUCAGUGAGCAAGAUGCAGUGGCAGCUAGGAGAAGGACUCUGGAAAACAGAGGGAGGGCACUUUCUAGUUCAAGUAUCUCCAGGAUGGAGCUGAGACAAAUCCAGCAUACUGCACUUAUCGAAUAUAUGGAACGAAAGAUUAAUCAAAGACCAAGUAGUUCACAGCACCUCUUGCUGCAUAAGCCACCCCUGCAGAAGAGGCUGUCACAUCCCAAAUGGCCUCCUGGCAAGAUUUCCAAUCCAGAUGGGAGCAGGAAGCUGCAAAACAAUGAGGUUUUCUGCCCAGUUCUUUCUAAAGGAAAGCUGCCAGAUGUUUUUCCUCCUUCGGCUUCUGUUCCCCCGCUGAGCGUGACGGGCAGGAGAGAUUCCAGCGCUGCCGUUGCUGCUGCCCCUGCUGCUGCCCCAGCAACCUCAAGGCACGAUCUCUGUGCCAGUGAGGCAGCCAAGAGCUGCACCAGCAAGUGUGCAUCGGCUGAAAGCCUCCUGCAGGCAGGUGAUCCUGCAUCUGGGAGAGCUCCUGAGAGACCAAAGUCAACUGCUUCCACACAGGAUGCUUCUGGAGGUGCAGCAGCACCGUCUCAGUGCUGGGAGAGCUGCCUCGACAUCCCCAGUUUCCAUGAUCCUGAGAAAGAUGGAUAUAAGAAUCAUGGAUAUAAAGACAAUGACGUUAUUGGACAUGGAUGUUGUCAGGAUACUAAGGAGCUGACUCCUGAACCUUCCCUUCCUAUCCUAAGAAGCGAGUGCAAGGACAAUGCUGGAGUGGAGGAGGAAUGCAGAACUAAAUCUCUGAAUUUCAGUGCUGUAAUAAAGUGUUCAGAGCAGCAGCCUCCAGCUUCACCAGACCAAGUAAUGCCCUGCCACAUGUUAACUCAGCCUUACCCAGGAGACCAAAAUACAGGCAAAGGUUUAGUGGCAAAGGACACGUCUGUGCACAAUAGCCAAGAUGAUACUGUCACUGAGAGCGAGGGAAAUCUGCCCAAAAGGAGACCGCAGUCUCCGGAAGACCAGCGAUAUGAAGAACUUGCUAUGGAGAUCGUUGCCAAAGACAGUUCUCUGGUUGAUAUUCUCAUGCCUCAUUCUGUUAGAAAAGCUGCUCUAGAUCUGAUGGAAGGUCUGUUCCCUGUCAACAUUUCCAUGCUGUAUAAAUCACACAGAAGAAAGACAGAUAUACGGCACACGCAGGAGAACGACAGGAAAAGUAGUAGAGAUACAACAGAAGAAUGUCUUCAAUCUGAAGAUGAUGCCAAGCAAAGGAGUGAAAGUCCUACCUCGAAAGGAAACCAAAUCCUGAAUAGGAGCAGAGACAGCACUAAUGACCUAGAUGACAUCACAUCUAAGAAACUGGAGCUCAUCUCCAACCUCCGGUCGAGGCUGCAGACGCUGUGGGAGGAAAGGGAGCUCGUCCUCUCGGAAGCCAGGGAGUGUGGCGCGCAGGGUGAGGAGCUGGAGGCGCUGGUGCGGGGCGUCUGCAAGCCCAAUGAGUUUGAGCGCUACAUGAUGUUCAUCGGAGACCUGGAGAAGGUUGUGAGCCUCUUGCUCUGCUUGUCCAGCCGCCUUGCCCGAGUCCAGAACGCCAUGAGGAGGAUCGAUGGCAAUACAGAUGCUGAGGAGAAGCAAUCGCUGAUUGAACGGCACAAGCUCCUGUCUCGACAGAGGGAAGAUGCAAAGGACCUGAAAGAGAACCUGGACCGUAGGGAAGGGGUUGUCUCUGGUAUCCUUGCCAAGUACCUGACUGAUCAGCAGCUCCAGGACUACAGAGGCUUCGUUCAAGUCAAGACCUCCUUGCUGAUAGAACAGAAGGACCUUGAAGAGCAGAUUAAGUUUUUCCAAGAACAAUUAGAAAAUCUUGAGAAAAGUCUCCCCCUCUGACAGCCACCAGCAGCCCAUCCACUCUUCCACAUGGGCGCUUGAGCCCUUCCCCUGGGAAUCCCUGGGCGCUCGCUGGGCUGGGUUUGGUGCAUCCUGGCGGUGCCAUGGCUUUGACAAGUGCUCAGGUGCUCUGUGAUGCGCUGGGCACACGCUGGACGUGCCUCCCCUUUGGACAGGCCAAUGGACAGCAUCUUACAGUAUGUAGCAGGCUGCAUUUUGGAAAUGACUGAUAGGACAUGUUGCUCCUAUUAACCUGGUGUGUAUUUCCC